AUGCCCGGGCCCGCGGUGCUGAGCGCGGCGGCGACUGCCCUGGUGGCUGCCCUGCUCCUGCUGCGGCGUGAGGACGCGGGGCCGGGGCGCGGCCCCAGCAUGGCCGUGACAGAGGCGCUGCCGAAGCUUCGGGAAGACUUCAGGAUGCAGAAUAAAUCCGUCUUUAUUCUGGGCGCCAGUGGGGAAACCGGCAGAGCACUCUUAAAAGAAAUGUUGGAACAGAGCCUCUUUUCCAAAGUCACGCUCAUUGGCCGGAGGAAGCUCACCUUCGGCGGGGAAGCUUAUAAAAAUGUGAAUCAAGAAGUGGUGGACUUUGAAAAGUUGGAUGACUACGCUUCUGCCUUUCAAGGUCAUGAUGUUGGAUUCUGUUGCCUGGGUACCACCAGAAAAAAAGCUGGGGCGGAGGGAUUUGUUCGUGUUGACCGGGAUUAUGUGCUGAAGUCUGCAGAGCUGGCAAAAGCUGGAGGGUGCAAACAUUUCAACUUGCUGUCCGCUAUAGGAGCUGAUAAGUCAAGCAAUUUUUUAUAUCUUCGAGUUAAGGGAGAGAUAGAAGCUGGGGUUGAAGAAUUAAAAUUUGAUCGUUACUCUGUAUUUAGGCCUGGAGUUCUGUUAUGUGACAGGCAAGAAUCUCGCCCAGCUGAGUGGUUGUUUAGAAAAUUCUUUGGCUCCUUACCAGAAUCUUGGGCCAGUGGGUACUCUGUGCCUGUGGUGACUGUGGUUAGAGCAAUGCUGAACAACGCAGUGCAAUCAAGUGACAAGAAGAUGGAACUUCUGGAUAACAAGGCCAUCCACGAUCUGGGGAAAGCCGAUGGCUCUCUCAAGCCAUGACCACACUAGAGAAAUGCCUUUUGUCAUAAACUUUACCCCAUCUCCAAAUUGGUAAUCUCAGGAUCCAAAAAAAGGCAGCAUGUUUUUACUUUGCUGUUUCACUGUUCUCAGCCACCCAGAUCCCAUUGAGACAUGACUGUGCUCUUCACCAGUGGUUCAGAGUUUUGUUAUAUACAGAUUACCCAGAGAUUCAUAGGUCCUAUCUCAAACCUUCUGAAUCAGAAUUUUUGGGGUAUGGGCACAGGAAUCUGUAGUCGUCUUUUGUUUAAACUUUCCCUGAUGGUUCUGAUGCCACUGGUUAGGAGGCCAGCUUUGAAACACUUGUCUGCAGUUACAACUGCAGCAUAAACCUUCUGUACCAUGCAGAUAUGAGCUCUGUUCUAAAAUUGUUUACCCAAGUGCUAAUUAACUACAUGUAAGUGUGUAAGUGAACAUUGUGCCUUUACUACUACUUUACAAUAUAUAAUAAAAAUUAUAUAACUAAGCUCAUAGGAAGAAUUAAAUGGAGUAAUAAACAUAAA